CAUGCCAAAGAUGGCGGGUGUUGAAGGAGAUGAUAUUCGGCCCGGAGGCUCGUCACUGUUUCCAGCGUCGUCUCGUAACGGAUCUAAUGAUGGUUUAGAUGACAAUACCGGAGGCCAAAAACCUACCACGAUAACGUCGGGCCCGCGAGUGGUUAGAAUAGUGAAGUCGGAGUCGGGCUAUGGAUUCAACGUCCGCGGCCAAGUUAGCGAAGGAGGGCAAUUACGAAGUAUUAACGGGGAGUUGUACGCACCCCUUCAGCAUGUCAGCGCCGUAUUACCCGGGGGUGCGGCGGACCGAGCUGGUAUAUUGAAAGGAGACAGGAUCCUGGAAGUGAAUGGAGUGAAUGUGGAGGGAGCGACACAUAAGCAGGUGGUGGAUCUGAUCCGGGCGGGUGAGAAGGAGCUGAUUCUGGCGGUUCUGUCAGUCCCACGGCAGGAGGCCGAGGGGGUGGAGCCGGGAGAGGAGGGCUUGUCUCCUCCCCACUACGACUACAGUGAUAAACAGGCUGUGCCCAUAUCCAUACCCACGUACAAGAACAUAGAGCAGCACGGAGAGAGAUUUGUGGUGUAUAAUGUAUACAUGUCAGGGAGACCACUUUGCUCGAAGCGUUAUCGAGAGUUUGCCAUUCUGCACCAGAACCUGAGGCGAGAGUUUGCCGCCUUCAGCUUCCCCAAGCUGCCGGGGAAAUGGCCUUUCUCCCUGUCCGAGCAGCAGCUGGACACACGCCGCAGGGGACUGGAGGAGUACCUGGAGAGAGUGUGCUCUGUGCGGGCCAUUGGUGACAGUGACAUAAUGCAGGAGUUUCUGUCUGAAUCAGAUGAGAGCUACACCGGUGUAACAGAUGCAGAGUUGGGAAUAGCCCUUCCUGACAAGACCGCGGUCUCAGUAAGGGUCCGUAAGAACAGCACGACUGACCAAGUCUAUCAGGCUGUGAUAAUGAGGGUUGGGAUGGACCAGACCAUGGCCAGUUACUUUGCUCUGUUUGAAAUAAUCAGUCCAUCAUUUGCCCGAAAACUGGCCCCUAAUGAGUUUCCUCAUAAGCUCUGUGUGCAGAAUUCUGUGUCAGAGGUGCCAGGGACCUGUCUGGCCCUGCGAAAAUGGCUUUUCACGACCCAAGAGGAGGACACGCUGCUCCGAGACAACCCUUUGGCACUGCGCUACUGCUUCUACCAGGGUCAGGAUGAUAUAAAGAAGGGACUCAUUAAAGCUGAUCAUAAAUCCCAGCAACUCCAGAGGCUAGCAGAGCAAGGAAAGAUGGCUACGUAUGUGAGUUUGCUGAGAUCCUGUGAGGGUUAUAAUGAAGUGGUGUUUCCUCACUGCGCGUGUGACUCACGUAGAAAAGGCCAUGUGAUCACUGCUGUCGGCAUUCAGCAUUUCAAACUGCAUGCCUGCACUGAGGACGGCUCUCUGGAGAAUCAGGUCAUCGCGUUCGACUGGUCGGAGAUGAGGAGAUGGGACACUGAUGAGGAGGGAAUGGCCUUCUGCUUCGAGUACGCACGAGGGGAGAAGAAGCCCCGCUGGGUUAAAAUCUUCACUCCCUAUUUUAACUAUUUACACGAGUGUUUUGAGAGGAUUUUUUGUGAGCUGAAAUGGAGAAAAGAGAUUGAGGAGGUCUUGGACAAAGACAACAAAAACUGCAGUAAUAAUGAGUAUCAAUCUCCUCUGGAGCAGCAGAAGGGGUGGCGCCAUCUAGGGGCCAUUGCCUCUUAAAAUCACACUCCUGAAGAGACUAAAACCACAGCAAGGCCAUGACAUGCACCAUUCACCACAACACAACAGCAAUGCCACAACCAUGUUACCAUGCCAACAGGGGCUCCAUUCCAGCCACAGAGUGCUCCAUAUGGCAGCUAUGUUACCACAGCAACUCGGAAUGCCAUAAGCGCGUUACCAUGGCAAAGCAGACGUAGGGCAUUCCCAUAAGAGGCAGGUUGUUGUUUCCAGUGACAGUGAGGAGGGAGCCGGUGUCAUAUGUCAUCAAUAGACAGACACGGAGCUGAGAUCUGCCGCAUGGAGCUUCAGGAGAAACACACGCCCUCUCUUAUUGGCUAGUGUACUGCUUGUGUGAUGUUUGUGCUGUUACUGGUAGAAGAAGGGUACCGUGUGUCUGUUUUCAGUCAAGGUUUCAAUCAGCCUGUAUCUGCUUUGUGGUUGGUGGUUGGAACUAGUUUGAUGAUAUGAUUGGUCAGGUACAGGAGUGUUAGAUUUGUCUGUGAUUUGUGUCUGAGACUGAUGGUAGGAGCAGAGAUUUUCUGUAAAACUGUGUUUGUCAGGAGUCAGAAAGUGAGUGUGGGGUCAGUAACACUGUGAAGUGUUUUAACAGAACAGUCUUUCACUCAGGCUGGACUUAAACUUACUCUGAGGGGUUGGGCAUUCUGGAAUAUUCCAAAAAACAAACAAAAAAAAGUUUUUCUGAGAUGGAAGUGUCAGAUUGACCUGAUUUGACUGGAUGGAUCCAAAUAGAAAAAGAGAGAAUCCUAUCUUCAAUUAAAUUAGGCCAAACAGUUUUUACACUGUUUACUUGGAGAUUAACCCCUGUGUUAAAUGCAUUGUAAACAGCAGAUAGAAAUGUUUCCAAACCAAGUCAGUGCCAUGUGUAGAGAGUGAGUGCAGCUUGGAGAGGUUUGGUAGAUGACCUCAGAUGCACUUUCAUAGUCAAGCUGUAGAGGGCGGUAGUGCCAAGGGGCAAACACAGAUGUGAGGUUGUUUUACAAGGAUAUGUGUGUGUGAUGUGUGUGUCUGUGUGUGUGUGAGAGAGUGAAAUGAAGGAGAUACUGUCCUAGAGGGUCAGGGGUCAAAGGUGUUGCCAGAGUAUGUGGUUGGACACAAUGACGUCGCUGUGAAGAAUUACUGAACGACUGCUUUCCUUUUACACGUUUUGCCCCUGUACCCCCCCACCUUUACCUGGCCACACCCACACAUACACUCUCUUACCUUAUUUUAGAAGUAUACUAGAGGCCAGUCUCUGCCCUCUGCUAUUUCUGUUUUCAAUGUGGAAAGAAUGAUCUGGAACCCCCACCAUUUUGCUUUAGCAGUGAACAGAAUCUGUUAAUAAGAGUGAUAUGAAAAUGUCUCCCUGGCCAGUAAACCUUAAUGCUUAACAGUGGUAAUACAGAACGUGUGACCAGCCAAUGAGCAUGCCUGAGGUGUGUGUGUGUGUGUGUUUGUGUCAGUCUGUCUGUGAAAACCUCAACAUUUGCUCAUUACAUCCACUGAGACCUGGUAGCAGGACCAACCAUAAGCUGCGUUACAGACCGCCACCAGUUACUAAUCCCAACCUUAACUAUUGUAAGGUUCCUGUAUGUUUAGUAGAGUGUCAGAUCUGAGAUGUUCGAGGUUUGGAUCUGUACUGAAUUAUUGGCCUUUUACAAAGGAAUGAGUCAAGAGGACAGGGUCCUUUUACCAUCUUGUUGUCUGUAUCUAAGAAACAAGGUCUAUGUUUUUAUCAUUUCAUAUGUCUGAAGGUGAAUAUGAACAUGUACUUUCAAGACUUACAUUUAUCUCUCUUUCUGUUGCUCUGAAUCAAGAAAUGUUUCUUUCUCUAACUAACAUAUUUAGAGUUGAUGAUAAACUAAGUUUGAAAUUUCAGUGAAGUGUCAUUUCAGAUCUCUCUGUCUAUCGGUGUGGUCAAUUGUUACUUGAAUGUUUUGAACAGUUGAUAUGUUAACCAUGAGUUAAGGAGGACAAGCAAAUCCAAAAUUCAACACAUUGUUCUGUUCAAGUGUCUGUAGUCAAUGUGACCUAAAACUCUGACUGAGAACAUUAAUUUAUUAUAAAUUGAGGUGAUCAGAGCUGUAGUCAGGUUUAUGCCAUGUUUUGUUUUUCUAGGAAGUGGUUUAGAUUGGCGUGGUAGAGGGGAUAUCACUCUUCAAAGAAUGAUAAGAGUAUUUUUCAUUUAAUUAAACUUUGGCAUAAAUUAAUAAUGGAUCCUGACCAACACUAGUUUUAUAUGAAAAAAAAAGUGAAGUUUGAUCUAACCAAGGAAACUGAAGUAAUUCACUGAAAUGUCAUAUAGGAUGAA